AUGGCGCGUAAGAAGGCCUUGCUCAUCGGCAUUAACUACUUCGGCACUGAGUACGAGCUCCGUGGUUGCAUCAACGAUUCCGAAAAUAUUCGCAAUUUCCUUAUCGAGGACCGGGGCUUCUCCCCGAGCUCCCGCGACAUGGUGAUGAUGUUGGACACGCCCGAGAACGAGGGCACUCCCUUCUUUCCAACGGCAGCCAAUAUCCUGGCCGCCAUCCAAUGGUUGGUGACCCGGAACCAGCCCGGAGACGUCCUCUGGCUGAGCUAUUCCGGUCACGGGGGCCAGGUCAGGAACGACGAUGGCGACCGACCGUCGGGCUUUGACGAUACUAUCUGUCCCGUGGACUUUCAAGAGAAUGGCCAGAUCACGAGCGAGAUGCUGCACCGAGCGAUCGUCUCGCCGCUGCACCCGGAAUGCCGCCUCACCAUCUUGUUCGACUGCUGCCAUUCGGGCUCGGCGUGCGAGCUGCCUUACGUGUACCGGCCGGACGAGGCGGGCAACGUCAACAUGGUCGACACGAUCAAGCAGGGCGUGGGGCUGAUCCGCGCGGCGGGGGAGCUCCUGGAGGGCGGGUUCUCGCUGUCCAAGCUGGACGACGCCAAGAUGCUGCUCGGCGGCGCGACGGACUUCUUCAACGGGCUGCACCACCGCGGAGGCGACGACGUCGACGAGGACGGGCUGGCGCCGGAGCACUUCGAGGAGCACUGGGAGACGGAGGGAAAAGACGUGUGGAUGUUCUCCGGCUGCGCCGACAACCAGACGUCGGCCGACACCUCGAUCGCCGGCGCGCCCACCGGGGCCAUGUCGUGGGCCUUCGUCAGGACGCUGAGAGAAAGCCCGGAGCAGUCGUACAUCAACAUACUCCAGAACACGAGAGAAGAGCUCGCGAAAAAGUACUCCCAGAUCCCGCAACUGAGCUGCGGGGGGCGGUACGAUCUGGAUCAGGUGCUCGCGGUACGUAUCCAGAACAUGUUGAUAUAUGCUGAUAUAUGUUUGGCAGCUAACGAGGAUGGUAGCUCUGAUAUUCGACAGAGAUCAUAG